AUGGCCAUAUCAAUUGCAGACUCCACGAGCAGUCGGUCACAGCCUUUAAGCUUGCCGGACCUAGCCAAGGCCUUGCCCCCCAAGCAGAGCAUGUGGCAGCGUUUGGGGUUCGGUUUUGGCCGAUGGCUGGGUCGGGACGAUAGUAAUUCGAAUUCGCGCUCCUCGUCUAUCGCGCCGCAACCGAGAUGCUCCGGCAACCUCUCCCGGAGAAUCACCAGGAGGGUAGGCGUGAGUCUCCCCAGAGCUGCGACAUUCAAGAGACAGAAUUCCGAACGACGGGACCGUUUGGCCCCAGUUGACCCAAGUCCCCGCCGCGCCGUUUCCGCGGACCGUCGCCCGACCCAGAGUGCACAGCGGACGAGUUCUCCACAGCCCACAGUGGCUGCUAGACUGUCCGCCCCGGAGGUCCAGUGCUGCGAUGAGGACCAUCCCCCGGAACCGGCACUUGAUGAGAGUCUCGAACGGGAAGAAGAAGAGGAGGAGGCGGAGGAAGAGGAGGAACUCAGCGAGCUGGUGCCAGAGUCAACGGCCGUUACGGAGGCCACCGAAGUAGCGGAGGGGGGUGUGGACGAGCAAUUGGAGCUGGAAUUGGAAAAGAGAUGGAUUCUCAACCUGAGCAUGCACUUCCGGGACAAGUCAGAACGAGAGAAGUUUUUCGUCACAUACGCAGAAACUCCGAACCGAUGGCGGCGAGUCACCGUCUCCUGCGAUUACAGAGGAGCUCCGCCAGACUCUCUCGAGCAGGACUUGAAGGAAUUGCACUAUCAACGCGACAAGAGCGCGCGGAUCUACGAGUCGAUUCGCGAGUCUCUUCCGGACAUCCAAUUUUAUAAUACUGUGACAAAUCUGAAGCUGCAGACUAGCGGUGGACGCUUGCACGUUCAUGUCACCGAAGAUGUCAACGAGAUCAUACCUUACCCGGCAGUCAUUGGUGUCAGACAUCUCAAUACGCCACUCAUUCCAGAAAGUCACCUGAUCUUCGAUACUCAUCUGUCAGGAUUCGUCUACAAAGUUCAGCUCGGAAACAAACCAUUUAUCAAGAAAGAGAUACCCGGACCCGAUACGGUGGACGAGUUUCUCUACGAGAUAAAUGCACUGCACGACCUGCAGGGUUCGCAGAGUGUGAUACAGCUGGAGGGCAUCAUCGUGGAUGACCAGAUGCAGGUUGUGAAAGGUUUAUUGAUUGGCUUUGCUGAACAGGGCGCUCUCGUAGACAUCAUCUACGAACGGAGAGGAGAUAUCGAUUGGGCCCGGAGGGAACGCUGGGCAAAGCAGAUAGUCCAGGGACUAUGCGAGAUCCACGAGGCUGGGUACGUGCAGGGAGACUUCACGCUCUCGAACAUUGUGGUCGAUGGCAACGACAACGCCAAGAUCAUCGACAUCAACCGGAGAGGAUGCCCUGUGGGCUGGGAGCCACCAGAGAUUGCUACCAAGAUUGAGAGUAACCAGAGGAUCUCGAUGUACAUUGGUGUGAAGUCGGACAUCUUCCAGUUAGGCAUGACACUCUGGGCAAUUGCCAUGCAGGAAGACGAACCUGAACGGCAGAAUCGGCCGCUCACAUUGGAUGAUGAUCCCGAAGUCCCGGACUGGUAUAAACGGUUGGUUGCAACAUGCUUGAGCAAAUCACCAAAGGAUAGAUUAUCUGCAAAGGAGCUCCUAAGUUUCUUUCCCCAGGUCUCGCGGGCUCAUCGGCCUAUCUAUCCUGGUAGCCCUGCACCUAGUCGGGCGUUACCGCUGGUGCAGGACCAUGCUGAGGGAGAAGCUGUGAACGUUAUUGCACCCCUGCGGUCUUUCGAUGUAACCAAUGGACGCCCCAUUAACGAUAUAGCGUACCUUGACCAUUCAGACCUAGUUGCUUCGGAAAGCGAUCCUGAUCACCAGGAUUACCCUCGACCUCCUCAGUUUACAUCACGCCGUCCGAGUGGGUCAAACCACUACCUAUCGCCUAGUCCGUUCGCCUAUCCAUAUAACUUUCCCAUGUCCAAAUACCUACCACAAGGCGAAUUUGACCCACAAGUCGGCCCUCUCUUUCGCGGCCGUCAGCCUGUGCCGAGUGAACUAAGAAUGAGCGAUGAUCAGAGCCUUCUGCAACAGGAAGCAGAUGGGGCCAUCCAUUCUACGGGCCUCGACGACCAAUCUUAUGUGCAGCAAACAGAAAGCGUACGGCACUCACACGGCUCAAAGACUGCUAGAGCAACCGUUUCGGGUGUGCCCACAGAUAUCAACGACGAAGCUGAAAUAGACCUGGAUGAGACCGUGGAUCCGCUAUAUCGCGAUCGAAAUUUGAUUGAAGGGGAAGGUCUCGAACCGAUUCAUAUGGCCACUCUCCCUGGCGAACUUGCAGGUGUCGGCGCCAACCCAGCCUGUACACUUGGGCACUGUUUCUCGCAAGAUGAUAUCGGAGAUGACAAGUGCAGAUCGAAACGCACAUAUUGUAACGAGGAUCACCGGGAAAAGCCCCUCGUCAACGACUUCAAGGGAAUCCGGCUCUCAGAGGUUAGAUGGCCGCGCGAGACCUUCACCCCAACAAAUCCAUCACUUCUUGACUCGAGGCUGCCGAUAAACCCCGCCUUUCGCUGGCCAGGACUCGGGUCGACCUGUCCAGCUUCAUCUCUGAUCAACUCGAGACUGCCUAUCAAUCCUGCCUUUACGACAGCGACAUGA